UCUUUUGCAGCUUUCUCUCUCUCUCUCUGCGUCUCCUCACUUUGCUGUGACCUAAUUUCUCGUGCAUCAAACCCCGAGCUCACUUUGUCUCUGUUGCUGCUCUCCGGGCUCGAAUCCUCGUUGUCUUCAGGUCGAGCCGGUUGAGAUGGAGCAACAGAGGAAGGUGUUGAGAAAAGGUUUUGUAAUCAAAGAUCGUGGUGAAGGAAAGGAUGAGUUUUUGUUAAAGCCUAAAUCUCCUUUUGUUUUUGAACUUUAGCAUUGUUUACAUCCUGACUGACAUUGUGCUUUAGCUGCAGAGGGUGAAUCGAUAUCUGCAUUAAUGUCUCACUAGUUGACAAGUAUGUUUACCAAGAAAAAAGCAGAAUUGUUGAUAAUUUAAAUUCUAGUUUAUCUUGUUGAUUUUCAUUUGUUUUAAGAUGUCUGUGGUUUUUUGGUUACCAUGAAGAGAAAUAUCUAAAGAGAUUGACUUCUGUUUUAUUUGUUUUUAAUUGAAUAUUGUAUAUCAGUGUACGUGUCCUUCUCUGUUUGUGGCGUCAUUUACAUUGUGCAGGCUGCAGAAUGUAAAUUCACAGUCUGCAUCAUUUAUCAGAUUUUGACAAGCAUAUUUAUAAAGUAGAACAUUUAGAUUUAUCUUUUCACAGAGACAAAAAGAAGGAGAGAAAAAGAGAAGAUUCAUAACUUCAAUGUUCGUCCAUUUAUUUCAUGUAAAACACUUGAGUCAUUAUAUUCUUCUGCACCAGUAUAGUGUAUGUAUGGAGAUUGCGUGUGUGGGUUUGGUGAGUGAGUUGUGGUCGAGAGUUUUUCUUUUGAACUUGCCUGUGGUGAUCAGACUUGGCCGUGAGCUGACUGGUUGAAAGCAGCCGCUCACACGGGUCUUUCCAGGAAACUCUGUCCUGUGUGGGAAACCUGUGAAAGACCCUUUGACCAGACUCCAUGUUUGGGUGUUCAACGGCCCUUUACUGUCACUGCUGCUCAUGAUGGGCUCGUCUUCUCGGAUGUGACCUCCCACGUCAGCGUUCAACCACACACGGCCUGAAUCAUUCUGGUCCUCUGCGUAGUAGAGGCGGAGUGUGAAAUGACUGUGCCUGCAUUGAGGAAAAUGAGCAUCACCAGCUUCUUCCUGUUGCAUUUUUCACAUCUCACAUCAUUUGAUAUUUGCAACUUGAGAGAAUCCCUGUCAGGCAUGUGGCACGUCAGCAGAGGACAGAUAAACAGCCGUGGCCCCUCUGGGAGACGGGAGGCCCUAAUCUCUGAUUGUUUUCUCCGGCCCGCCUGCAGCUCUGGGUAGCAACUGGGACACGUUCUUAUCUCCCAACACAGACUGGUGUUCAGCUGCUCAACCAGGCCGGCUCCUCUCGACUCCCUCAUGCCUCAUUUGGCUGCCACUGAGGAGGAAAAUGCUUUGUAAACAAUUAGGAGGAAAAUGAACCCAUUUGUGAGAUGAAUGAGAAGUUAAAGGAAUAGUUUCACAUCAAGACGCUGGAGCCAAUCAGGUCCCUGGAAACAACCCGACACACUCACAGUCAAUCAUCCACUCAGUCGGGCCAGUGAGCCAGACACACCUGCAACACACACAAGCACCACAGCAGAGAGAGAAACACCACACAGGCAGAUCCAAGCGUCGUAACACACUUGAGUCUGACAAAUCAUCUUUAGACACAAUGUGAACUGAUGCAACUUCUAUGUUUAGUACAGGAGCCUGAAAUGACACCAUGAUGGGAAAAACCCCACCGAGGCCCUUAGCUCGCUGCUAAAAAGCUUCAAAGGACACGUAUGAUGUUUCUGUGAUGAUGGUGGGGUUUUUAAAUAAUGAUAGUAAAAGAAUAAUCUGAAGAUUCGUCCCUUGAGAUUUAGCAGCUGACUUCUGAGCAGUUGGCUCAUCAACACAGAAUCGGUCCAAGAGGUGCAAAUGACACAAGAUGAAAAUGUUCUUCCCAUUCUGUCUAAACACGACCUUUACCUCGGGUGUGAAAUCUGUGACCACGAAACACUCCAAAAAAAGAAGAUCCGUUAUUGUGCAGAUUCAACAAAUGAGAUCUAACGCACUACAGAUUCAUAUUUGCAGAAUACAGACACGCUCACAUCUAACUCAUGUCCAGAAAGCAAUUGAACUAAUAUUCCAAAGAUGAUGAACUGCUCCUUUAAAAUAAAUAAUUUAUGUCUGUGUUGCAUUUGCAUUUUUAUUAAACAAACCUACUCCCUCUUAACCCAGUGGAUUCGCUUCCUCGGCUCACAACUUUCUUCUGGAGUUUCAGCUGUUGGAGUAAGAUUUUUUAAAUAAAUAAAUAGAUUAAUUUAUAUAGAAGACUCAAAGAGAGAAAAAAAAAAAAAAAGAAACUAGAACACAGACGCACGUCAGACAUCAAUAAUGCAACGGUUGGCAUUUGUGUUUUGCAGUCCUGUCAUCAGUGAAGCAUCGCUGCUCCUCCUGCAGCUGAGGAGGUAAAAGAGACCCUGUGACACUGAUACAGGGGAUGAAGGAUGAGGACACGUUUUUAUUUCUGUCUUUGGUCCAAAUGUCACCGGCUCCUCUGCCACAGUUACUCCUCUAUUGAUUUACUGUCUGCGUCAUCGGGUCACAGAUUUGUAAGAGAAUGAGAAAAAGGGAAAACGUCUGCUGGGCCAAAGUGAGGCUUCCUCAUCCAGCCUGAAGAGGAAGGAGGUCUCAGCCUGAGUUCAGUGAAGAGGAGGAAGAGGAGGAGACAGGCAGGAAUAAAAAGAGAAAGCAGAGAGGGGAGGACCGACAGUGAGAAGAGAAGACAAGCAGAGACGGACCAGAGGCUGUUGCUCAAGGAUGGAUCUAGAUUUUCUUCACGCCCUGGAGAGAGAGAGAGUCCUGGAUGUCCUGCGGAGAGACAAACAGCUGCGUAUCAUAGAGGAGGACAGGAUCAGGAGAAUGAAACACGAGCUCCAGGAGCUUCGCAGACGAGGCGCCAAGAGUUUCACGCGGCAGUACGGCGAGCGGACCUGCGCCCGCUGCCAGAGGCCUCUGGGAAAGUUCUGGAACUCGGGCGACGUCUGCCACGGCUGCAGCCACCGCAUCUGCAGCCGGUGUCGUGUGGGCGUGGGAGCGUCGGGCUGGACGUGCACAGUGUGUUACGCCUACAGCGAGGUGAAGAUCAGGUCUGGAGAUUGGUUCGUGGAGGAAAAGUUAAAGAAGUUUCCCGUCUCCAAAGACAAAUAUGAAACAGUCGGGGAGAAGCUGUUGCAAACCUACAAUGUCCUGAGUCAUAUAUCUGUGGUGCCGCCCACUCCUCCACCACAUCUGGAUCAGCAUUUUCUGAGCAGAUCGGGGAGUUUGAACAACUCUAAACUUUUCACCAAAUCGGUGGAGGAUCUUAUGGUUUCCUUCACGAGUCACAUGAAGAAUAUUUCCACUUCUCAAAACGACGUGCAGGCCGACCUGCUGUUCGUGGGCAACGGGCGCAAAGGGUCGUGCUUCACCUUCACGCACCAGAAGAGCCUGUCUGACACCGAGAUCAACAAAUCCUCUCGUCUUUUUAAAGUCCCAAGUCUCCCAAACCUGUUCAAGAAAACCAAAGACAGCGACCAGGAGGGGUCGUCCACCGGAGCCGAGGAAGAAACCUCCUUCGGGUCUGAGCUCUCCGGAGGAAAGAGAGGCAGCAGCAGCAGCGUGGGCACAGACUCCGGCCUCUUCGAGAGCAUCAGCGUGGCCGGGGAGCUGGAGCUGUCUCUGACCUACGACCCCGACGCCUCCUGUCUGGAGAUCACGGUUUGCGCCUGCAGAAAUCUCUCAUAUGGGAACAUGAAGAAGAGGAGAUGUCACCCAUACGUCAAAGUCUUCGUGCUGCCGGAAAAGAGCGGCAAAAUGAAGACGGCGGUGAAGAAGAACACAACCGAUCCUGUUUAUAACGAGGUUUUAAAGUAUCAUAUAGAGCGCCACCUGCUGUUUGGAAAGAGACUGCAGGCCACCGUGUGGCAUUCAGGAACCCUGAGAAGGAAGGUGUUUCUGGGUGAAGUCCUCAUCCCACUGGACGGCCUGACGUGCGAAGAUCAAUCCCCCCAGAGCUUCAACUGGUACCCACUGUGUCCCAAGGCUGAGAGACCAGAUGGUGGCGCUAUGGAGCAGGACGGAUGAGAACUGCUGAUCUGUGUCAUGUUCACCUCCAACGAAAAGGGUGUCUAACUCUGGGACUGUAGGCAGAGCUCUCAUCCAGAUGACGCCCGUUUCCGAAGGUGAGACCAGGCCUCUCACCGACUGCUGGCUGGCAGUCUCCUGGGUGUCUCUCUCUCUCUCUUUCUCUCUCUCUCUCUCUCUCUCUCUCUCUGGACCUGUGGGACCAAGGCCCCCCCAGCCCCUGAGGGAUCCCUGGCAGGGGCCCGAAGAGACCACGAGACAUUUCCAUCUCCUCAUCCUAAAUAGCUAAUCCUCUGAUAUCUCAUCUAUCUCACAUUUAUAAGCAGCGUAUACAAUUAAUAUAUGUUAAUAACUCACUAUAAACCAUUUGUAAGCAGAUAUAAGGAUGUUUUAAGUGAUUACCAUUUGUAAAAGUUCAUGAAUAACACAAUAUGAAAUAAGGAAAAUCCCUGUAUUUGUAAAUUUUAGGACCAUGAAAUGUGAUGUAUUUAUUGAAAUCAUUUUUGUAUGUUAUUUUUGUCAACUAUGCUCAUAUUUAUUGAUGAAGUAUUUAUUUAUAGUUUCUCUCUCGAUGAUAAUAAAGGCAAUAAUAAAUAAAUAAUAAUAAAGCUCUGCAAGAAAUCACAUAAGUCA